GCCCCGCACCAGUUCCCCCGGCCCAUGGCCCUGGGCGCACCACUCCGAGUUCCGGCUUCCCGAGGGGGCUUGGGCAGGCGGCCAACGCCGGGCCGGCAGCCCUGCCUCGGCGCGCCCCCUAGGCUGCGCCCUCGAGUUGCUGAACCACGGCAACCACGCCCAGGGCGUCGCGGAUCCCCGCUCCCCGGAGCCCUCGCCCACCCCGGCCCAGGAAGACACCCCUUCGCAGGACGGUUCCCUUGUCCUUUGGGGAGGAUUCUCCAAGACGAUUCACCACAUGGGCCGGCUCAGAAACGCCAGGAUCCACGUGGAGAGGGCUGUGAAGCAGAAGAAGAUCUUUAUGAUCCAAGGCCGCUACCCUGUGAUCCGGUGCCUCUUGCGCCGCAGGGGCUGGGUGGAGAAGAAGAUGGUCCAUCACUUGGGUACCACCCUGCCGCCACAGCUGAAGGACCUGGAUAGCUCCGUCAUGGGUGACAGUGACACCACGGAGGAUGAGGAUGAAGAUGAGGAUGAAGCAUUCCAGCCACCACAGCUGCUCGACUUCGAUGAUUUAUUGGAAUUUGAUGACCUGCGUGGGACACAUGAUCUGAUGUCACGCAUGGUUCGGAACGAGAUCCCCUACUUCAUCUGGACCACUCGGCGGGACGUGCUGGACUGUCGCUUCCUCUCCAAGGAUCAAAUGAUAAACCACUAUGCCCGGGCAGGCUCUUUUACCACAAAGGUGGGUCUGUGUCUCAAUCUCCGGAAUCUGCCGUGGUUUGACGAGGCCGAUGUGGACUCCUUCUUCCCGCGCUGCUACCGCCUGGGGGCUGAGGAUGACAAAAAGGCCUUCAUAGAGGACUUCUGGCUGACAGCUGCCCGCAACGUUCUCAAGCUGGUGGUAAAUUCCCAAGGGAAGUCGUAUUCUAUCCAGGCGGACGAGGAAGAGGCCCCAGGAGACAAGCAGCCCAAGAAACAGGAGAAAAAGCCAGUGAUGGUGUCCCCAGAGUUUGUGGAUGAGGCUCUGUGUGCCUGCGAGGAGCACCUUAGCAACCUGGCCCACAUGGACAUCGACAAGGACCUGGAGGCUCCGCUGUGCCUCAGCCCUGAGGGCUGGUCCCUCUUCCUUCAGCGCUACUACCAAGUGGUCCACGAGGGGGCAGAACUCAGGCACCUCGACACUCAGGUCCAGCGCUGUGAGGACAUCCUGCAGCAGCUGCGGACCGUGGUGCCCCAGAUGGACAUGGAAGGAGAUCGCAACGUCUGGAUCGUGAAGCCGGGAGCCAAGUCCCGCGGACGAGGCAUCAUGUGCAUGGACCACCUGGAGGAGAUGCUGAAGCUGGUGGACGGCAACCCCAUGAUGAUGAAGGAUGGCAAGUGGGUGGUGCAGAAGUACAUUGAGCGGCCCCUGCUCAUCUUUGGCACCAAGUUUGAUCUGAGACAGUGGUUCCUGGUGACUGACUGGAACCCACUUACUGUGUGGUUCUACCGCGACAGCUACAUCCGCUUCUCCACACAGCCCUUCUCCCUGAAGAACCUGGACAGCUCUGUGCACCUGUGCAACAACUCCAUCCAGAAGCACCUGGAGAAUUCAUGCCAUCGGCACCCGCUGCUGCCUUCAGACAACAUGUGGUCAAGCCAGAAGUUCCAGGCCCACCUACAGGAGAUGGGGGCCCCGAACGCUUGGUCCACCGUCAUCGUGCCUGGCAUGAAGGCCGCGGUGAUCCAUGCCCUGCAGACCUCCCAGGACACCGUGCAGUGUCGGAAGGCCAGCUUCGAGCUCUAUGGCGCUGACUUUGUGUUUGGGGAGGACUUCCAGCCCUGGCUGAUCGAGAUCAACGCCAGCCCCACCAUGGCGCCCUCCACAGCUGUCACUGCCCAGCUGUGUGCUGGCGUGCAGGCCGACACCCUGCGCGUGGUCAUCGACCGGCGGCUGGACCGCAAUUGUGACACGGGAGGCUUCGAGCUCAUCUACAAGCAGCCUGCCGUGGAGGUGCCCCAGUAUGUGGGUAUCCGGCUUCUGGUAGAGGGCUCCACCAUCAAGAAGCCACUGGCAAUGUGUCACCGGCGGAUAGCGGUCCACCCCACCCUCCCUCACCUGCUGACCCAGCGAGGCUCUGGGGAAGGCAAGGACUCGGGGACCCUUCCGCACAGGUCAGCUUCUAGGAAAGUAGCUGGGGCCAGGAGCCUGGGGCACACUGAGAAGCCAGACUCCACUGCCACCACCUCGGCCCCUGGAAAGGGAAAGAAAGGCAAGGCGAAAAGUGCCACAGCCCUGGUCCGCCCCAAUCUCCAGAAGUGGGACCCCUAUGGCUUGAGGAUGGGCUGCAUUUUCACCUUGGCCUUUGCUGGUGGGGACAGGCAUCCCCACCCCUUGAACAGAUUGCCAUUGAGUCUGAAGAACCCCCAGGCCCUGGGUCAGACCACUCCCCCAAAACACCCCAGGGUCCCAAGGCAAUUUCUUCCUGCUCUCCAGGCCUCUCCUGACCGCCUGGAUUUGCCCCCACCCAUAGCCCCACCACACAGCCACCGGUACUAAGUAAAAGCCACCACUUCCAAAGUAUUUUUUAAAAAUCCACUGUCAAGUGAGUAUUGUCCCCUCCCAAGUAGUCACUGAGCAAGGCAGUUGUGCUGCCUUCCAGGACUCAGCCCCAGGCUGAUAUCUCUCCAGAGCCCAGAGCUUUUCCUGCUGCAGUGCUCUGUCUCUGCCUCCAUGCAAAGUCACCUCUGGGGGAGAGGAGCUCUGUUUGUACAGCACUUAGCGGUUCACACUGUGCCGCUACCUACCAGCUCCGUUAGUCCUCACAAGCUAGCGAGGUAGGUGCGAUUAUCCCCAGCCGAGGUAUCAGGAAGCUUAAGGAAGUUGCCCGAGGUUGCACAGCUCAGAAGGGGCAGAGCUGGGAUGCAGCCAGCACCAGGUCUGUUGAACUCCAAACCCUGUGUGCUUCCCACGGCUCUGGAGGAGGAACCGGGAGGGUUCCACGUGCCCGCACACGCCCCAGCCUUCAGCUCCCUCGGCCUCCCUGCUCUCCGUGCACACCUUAAGGGGCAGCUGGCCAGCCUUGGGUCCUCCCCAGGCCCUCAUGGCCCCUCUUGCUCCCACAGCCCCUAACCACUUUCCCAGCCUCCACACCAAGGCCCGGCUGCCUUCUCCCCGUGGGCUCCGACCCCAGGGGCGGGGCCUCGGACUGCAGCACAGCAAGCUGGUGGGCUCUAAGGCCCUGUCGACCACACGCAAGGCCUUGAUGACUCUACCUACUGCCAAGGUUUUGAUUUCCCUCCCACCCAACCCUGAGCUCAAGCUGGCCUCCAACGUCCUGAAACCAAGAAAGGUGGGCCUUGAAAUCUGACCCGCACCCUGGCGGGCAGUGCCGAGUACCGGGAUCAGGGCUGGAGGGCACAGGUAGAGGGCAGCUCCCAGACUGGCCUGAGCCCCAAGGGAAGGGCUUGCAUCCCUCAGAACCCUCUUCCUGGACAGAGUCCUGAUCAUCUCUCCCCCUUCUCCCCUCCUUUUCGCACCGAGGCUGUUGCUCCCCAGCGCCUUCAUGGUCCCCAACUUGGAAGUAACUUGUGGCCUCAACCCUGUGAAGUCGGAAAUCUUCCUAGCACCCAUAGGGAGAUCAAGGCCAAAGGCAAGUUCAAGGCCAGACUCUGUGACAAACCCAAGGCUGAGGCAUGCCUUGUGAAGACACUGAGCCUUCCGGGACCCCUGGCCUUUAUCAGUGCACACCAGGGGCUGGGGGGCCUGAGGGACGUGUGGUUACAGAAGCCCUUGCUUCGGUCCUCACUGCCCCUUUCCUGGAUGCAGCACCAAAUAAAAAAGAGCGAGUGACAUAU